GAACAAGGGAAGGAAUAAGACGCACCGCACAGCAGCAGCCCUCCAGUGUUAAGAGAGAGGCAUGCAGCACAGCACCUGUCUAGAGAACAGAGUGGUGAACACAAACUAUUCAGCUCUAUGUGUGGCUCAGCUCAGCGUUUCCCAGCUGCCUCACAGCAUAGCUUGGAUAUUUUAAGCGCUGAAGAUCACUCAACAGGAGAGAGCACCAUGAAAUUGAACAUGGAGGGUGCUGACAUGACAAAGUGGACCGAAGCAGAAUUUGAGGAGAAGUGUACGUAUAUUGUCAAUGACUAUACCUGGGAGCCCAGCACAGACGGUGGAAACUGUGUUAAGGCUGAAGCCUCACUUCCAAGAAACUUGACGUUCAAGCACGCACCGAACUCCAAAGAGGUUAUUGGCGUCUUAAGUAGGGAGUACAUCCCCAAGGGAACUCGCUUUGGGCCACUGGUAGGAGAGGCCUACACAGCUGACACAGUUCCCAAGAAUGCAAACAGAAAGUACUUCUGGCGGAUCUAUUCCAAUGGUGAGUUCCACCACUUCAUUGACGGCUUCAACGAGGAGAAGAGUAACUGGAUGCGUUACGUGAACCCAGCACACUCGCAGCAAGAGCAGAACCUUGCUGCCUGUCAGAACGGAACAAACAUUUACUUCUACACGGUCAAGCCCAUCCCAGCCAAUCAGGAGCUGCUGGUGUGGUACUGCCCAGAAUUCGCCGAACGGCUACACUACCCUCCUUCUGGGGAACUCAUGAUGAUGAAACUCAAGCAAAGCUUUAUGGAUGCAAAGCAGCAUGUGACAGAGCCAGACGGAGUCAGUCAGAAAGGCACAGGAAAGAAGGAGCACAGUGUGAGGGAAAUCCUCCGGAUGACCAGCAAGGAGCCCAGUGAACCCCAAACGACUCCCACAAAGAGUUUGGAAGACUCCCCCAGGAAGCCCAGUCCAGAACGGCUCUUCUUUCCCCGGGUGGUGUACCCGGUCCGCCCCCACAUCAACGAAGACUACUUGAAGGCCAAUGCCAUUUACGGCUUAGACCACCCCAACCACAUGACCCGCUCCCCCAUCCAGUCUUCAGCCACCCCCAGCCCCUCGGCCCGCAGCAGCUCGGACAACAGCCCUCGCAGCAGCCCAGGAAUCAUUCACUCCCCUCCCAUCCCCUCAUCUGAGGAAUACAAAGAGGGCUUCCCUUACACAAACGGACUCUACACCAGAGACAGCUACGCAGGAUACACCCCACCCAGCCACCUUUCCCCGGCUUUCUUGCCUCCAUACAACCCCCAUCCUUAUUCCAGAUUCCUGCUACCUCACUACCCGGUCGGCUGUAGCAGCCUGAAUGGGUUGGGUGCUGGUCCUGCUGGUGGCACUGGCGCUGGUGUGAACGGAUUGAACAGUUUCAACCGCUUUCCAAGGAUGUACCCCCUGUACAACAACCUGCUGGCAGGGGGCAGUCUCUCGCAGCACAUGUUGAACCCAUCAGCCCUGCCUGGCAUGAUCCCUUCCGAGGCCGCCCGGCGGCUCUUGCUCUCCUCUGAGCCUCACAGGGACCUUCUCAUCCCAGCGCCCAACAGUGCCUUUUCUGCCACCGGCCACCAGGACAAGCUGUCCAGCCCAAGCAGCAGCAGCUCCCCCACCACCAGCACAGCUGUCACCUCCUCGGAACACUGCAUGCCCACCAAAUCUACCUCGGCCAUGCUAGAAAGGAAUGAAGAAGCAGCCAUGAACCUGAGCAAGAUGAAGCGCAACAUGACCGGCUACAAGACCCUUCCCUACCCCUUGAAGAAACAGAACGGCAAGAUCAAGUACGAGUGCAACGUCUGCAGCAAGACCUUUGGGCAGCUAUCAAACCUAAAAGUCCACCUUCGAGUACACAGUGGAGAAAGGCCCUUUAAGUGCCAGACCUGCAACAAAGGAUUCACACAGUUAGCACAUCUACAGAAGCACUACCUGGUCCACACUGGAGAGAAACCACAUGAAUGUCAGGUUUGUCACAAGCGUUUCAGCAGCACCAGCAAUUUAAAGACACAUCUUCGGCUCCACUCUGGAGAGAAGCCUUACCAGUGCAAGCUGUGCCCGGCCAAGUUCACCCAGUUCGUCCACCUGAAGCUGCACAAGCGUCUGCACACCCGUGAGCGCCCCCACAAGUGCUUGCACUGCCACAAGACCUACAUCCACCUCUGCAGCCUUCAGGUCCACCUGAAGGGCCACUGUCUGGCCGCUCCCGGCCCCGGCGUGCGAUCCCUGGAGGAACUGAACCUUGUCAAUGAGGAGAUAGACAAGUUCGACCUCAGUGACAAUGCAGACCGACUGGAGGAAGUAGAGAGCAUGGACGUGGAGAGUGUGGUUGAGAAGCAGAUCCUUAACCUGCUCUGGAGGGAGGUGGACAUCAAGGCCUCCUUCCACAAGAGCAUCGGAAACGGACUGCUCUCAUCCAGCAGUGGCCUUUAUGAGCCCACUAACAAGACGUCGGUCAUAAAGUUGCCUCACAGUAGCCCACAGCCACUUUUACCUGUAAAGGUCAAACGAGAAACGAUAGAACCCAUGGAACAUUAAGACUGACUGAAGAAAAUAUGAAAGAUAUUUAUAACGUUUAUGAGAGUUAAAGUGCCUGUAGCAGUUGUACAUAAUCUUCUCCCUUGCUGCAUAACAGACUUGGCUUACUCUGUCAGUGGACUUCUAUUCUCAGGGCUUUGGCACAAACUGUUUAUAGUCUCUUUUUCACUUAUGUUAAAGACAAUCUUGUACACAUGAUUUAUUAUUUUUUUGUUUGAUUUUUGUAUAUAAAUAUAUUAUCUUCCUUAAUUUAUUAUGCAAUUUAUCAUAAAAAGCAAUAAUUGGAAAUAAUGUUUACAAUGACUGGAUGAUUCAUUGUAACGGAAUAUAUAUAUUAUAUGUUUUAUUUUUUACUUUCUUUGUGUCCAUUCUUUGUAGAUUUCUGCUCUUUGUCACAUUACGAAGAACCUAAGACUAUUAAAUGUAUAAUAGACAGAGAGAACAGUAUUCAGGGUUUUGCAAAAAAAAAAAAAAAAAAAAAAAAAAAAUUGUAUUGCCAAAGGUGGACAUUUGAAGUGUUGAACUAUGGGAUCAUUUCUGUAAACAUCGUGUAGUGUUCUGGUUAGCAUUUUCCUUGUGACUUUUCUUUCCCUCAGUAUUUGUGUAGAGUUGUGGUUAAUUUAAUUAAAAACAAAUGGGCAUUUUGUAAAGUUUCAACAACAGUUACCUCAUUGUGUGUGUCCAGAGGUGAUGGGGAGGGGCUGUAAUAUUUAUUGCUUUGCUGCUUGAAGAGGAAAACCAGAUAUUCAGAAUUCCCACUUUCAGCUUGGCCUAAAGAAUGGGAGCAGCCCUUUUUAGAUGUAGCAAGUCGGCUGCAAAGCUGGGAAACUAUUAUUUAUUAUUUAGAAGCAAUGAUUGAUUCCUUGGAACUAAAGCAAUAUCAAAAUGAGAAAGUUUGAAUUCUGGUUUUAUUAGGAGUCAAAGCUGGUUACCAAAGUUCACUUUCUUUCAUAAACCAAAAAAGAAGGUGGCAGUACUGUUCAGUGUAUAUAAAGUGUGAGUGAGGUUCUUGGGUGUAACCUGUAGUGUAAAAUUGUCAUCUUUGUUUUAAUUUAAGUUCCCUGUUGCUCGCAUGUAUAGCGCAGACCAAAACAUCACUACUCUAUCAAUGGACACACUAGAUGUUUGUAGUGCUUUCAGCAUUUGAUAUGAAUUCACAAAGACUUAUUGCAAUAUCUUUAAGGCAACUGCAGACUACAUUUAUCAAGAGGACUCAGCACCACUGAGUGGAGCUGCCACAGCAUUUAAAUGCUUUUCUUGAUCUAUGACCAAAGUUUCCACCGUCUUGUGCUUAAAUAAAUUGAGGGGAAAAAAAAAAAACUGUUUCUUAUGUUUACAUACUGGUUUACAUUGUUAUUUAUGUGCAACUUGUCAAAAAAAAAAUGUAAAUUAUGGUAUAAAUGUUCAUUGCUCUAU